GCAUUAGUUUACUCUAUUGUUUGGCGUCGAUAGCAUUCGCGUCUCUGUGUUAUUGCUGGCAAUUAAAAGGAAUUAUUGUAGCGACUUAUAAUUUGAGACGUCUUUCUGAACAACAAAUAGCGUGCAAAACAAUAGUUUGCAUUAGACAAUCAACAAUUUGCAUUUACACAGUACACUACAGCAGAUAAAAUGACUGAUUGCGCCACCGACGCCGUCGAGCAACCGUCAGAUCAUCAUGUACACUUCGAUGCGGCGACCCUAAAAACUGAUGACUUUGGUUCCGACAGCUGUGUGACAUAUCAAAGGUCAGGCGACACAAUUGCCAUAAGUCUGGGCUUUCUCCAAAUCAAUCAUCGGUAUCUGAUCGAUCUCAAUUUGCCGGUGACGCUGUUCAACAACACCGGCACGCCCGAUACGAAAUUCGAGCCGGUUGUGAGCGCCACACCGAAUCUGCACUGUCGGAUCACCGAGUUCACUGGGACCAAACACGAUGAGCAUGAUUUCUACGAGAUGAAGAUCGAGUUCUUUGCCUACAAGGAGAAACUGUUGCGCGAAACGCUGCACAUCGUCAACUCGAGCAAUGCAAAGGAAGUGCUCCAGCUGGUGAUUGCCGCCCGAGUGCUGGGCAAGGGCAAGGGAACGCCCAUGCUGCGAACUGGCAUCCAUUGCAUAGGUGUGGAGCGGGAUGAUGAUGAAUCGGAGGCAUCGGAUUUCGCUGGCUUUGACAAGCCGUAGAAAGGCGCGACGAACUUGAGACUUCUUCUUCAUUUUCUGGGGUUAUAUUUUGCAUAGUGUUUAAGUCCAAAUAUUAUAUUAUUCAUAACAUCAUAUUGUAUAUGUAAUGUUAACUUAUGCGAGUCUAUAUAUAUAUAUAUCUUAUA